AUGCCCCUGCACAGAUGUCCUGGAUGGCUGAAUGCUGUGGCCUGUGGGUUCCUGAUUCUCCUCCAUGUAAAGGGUCACGACUCAUCAGAGACCAGCCCCAUCAGAAACACACAUACAGGCCAGGUCCGAGGCAAGUCUAUCUACUUGAAAGACAUCAAAGCUGGUGUCCAUGCCUUCCUGGGAAUUCCCUUUGCCAAGCCUCCUGUAGGACCACUGCGCUUUGCACCUCCUGAGGACCCUGAGCCAUGGAGUGGUGUGAGAGAUGGGACCUCAGAGCCAGCCAAGUGUCUACAAAAUGAUGAUAUGGUGAAUGUAGAGGGUCUGAAGAAGAUAAAGAUAAUCAUGCCUGCCUUUUCUAUGUCUGAGGACUGCCUGUAUCUCAACGUCUACACACCAGCUCGUGCCAAUGAGAGUUCUAACUUGCCUGUGAUGGUAUGGCUCCAUGGCGGUGCACUGGUUAUAGGCAUGGCUUCCAUGCAUGAUGGAUCCAGGCUGGCAGCCACUGAGGAUGUGGUGGUGGUCUCUACCCAGUAUCGUCUCGGAAUCGUGGGCUUUUUCAGCACUGGAGAUGAGUAUGCCAGAGGCAACUUGGGAUUCUUAGAUCAAAUGGCUGCCUUACGCUGGGUCAAGCAGAACAUCGCCAACUUUGGAGGCAACCCUGACUCUGUCACACUUUUUGGCCAGUCAGCAGGUGGCACAAGUGUAUCUUUCCAUGUCAUUUCCCCCAUGUCGCAAGGACUCUUCCAUAGAGCCAUCAUGGAGAGUGGGGUGGCCCUGCUGCCUCUCUUUUUAUCUAACUCCACUGAGAUGGUCUUCACAAAGGUGGUAAAUCUAUCUGGUUGUGAUAGUUCGAACUCAGAAGCCCUGGUGCGCUGCCUUCGAGGCAAGAGUGAAGCAGAAAUUCUGGCUAUUAACAAGGCCUUCAGGAUCAUGCCUGCUGUGGUGGAUGGGAAAUUCCUACCCAGACAUCCCAAGGAGUUGCUGGCCUCAGCUGACUUUCACCCUGUCCCCAGCAUUAUUGGUGUCAACAAUGAUGAGUUUGGCUGGAUUCUCCCCAUGGUCUUCGAAUUUUCUAAGACAAUAAAGAAGAUAACCAGAAGGAACUUGCCAGCUAUUCUGAAGAUCGAGAUGGAGAAGAUGAUGCUGCCUCCUGAGUGUGGUGCCCUGAUAAUGGAAGAGUACAUGGGAGACACUAAGGACCCCAGGACCCUCCAAAUGCAGUUCAGAGAGAUGAUAGGGGACUUCAUGAUCAUAACCCCUGCACUCCAAGUAGCACGUUUUCAGCGUUCCCAUGCUCCUGUCUACUUCUAUGAGUUCCAGCAUCGGUCCAAUUUUCUCAAGAAUUUCAGGCCAUGGCACAUAAAGGCUGACCACGGUGAUGAGCUUUACCUUAUCUUUGGAUCCUUCUUCUGGGGCACGAAAUUUGACCUCACUGCAGAGGAGAAGCUGCUGAGCAGGAAGAUGAUGAAGUACUGGGCCAACUUUGCACGAUACGGGAACCCCAACAGUGAGGAUCUACCCUACUGGCCAAUGUCAAACCAAGAUGAGCAGUAUCUGCAGCUGGACAUCCACCCUUCCGUGGGCCGAGCCCUGAAGACCAGAAGGCUGCAGUUCUGGACCAAGACUCUUCCCCAGAAGAUUCUAGAGCUAAAAGGAGUACAUGACAAAAUCAAGACUGUAUAG